AUGCAGUCUGAGUCCAAGAAGUAUGAAGAAGAGACACCUUCUCUGCACUGGGGGAUGGAUCCUGUAUUUUCUGCAUUUGCAAGACUCUAUAUUAAAGAUAUAAAAGAAAUGAGAGAAUCUAAACAAGUGCCAGGUAUAUUCUUUUAUAACGGACAUCCAGUAAGACAGGUGGAUGUUGUCGGGAUAGUGGUUCAAAUGAAAGAGCGAGAUGCCUUUUAUAAUUAUGGAGUGGAUGAUAGUACUGGAGUUAUAAAUUGUGUCUGCUGGAAAAAUCGCAUGGUAGCACAAACAUCUUUAUCAGGUCAUCCAAGCACACCCAGCAGUCUUACUGUGCUUGAACAGAUGAAGAAACUCCAAGAAAUGGCAAGCCAGAAAAUCAAGCUGGAGAUCGGGGAUAUUAUCAGGGUCAGAGGUCACAUCCGAACCUACAGGCAACAAAGAGAAAUUCAGGCUUCAUGUUUUUAUAAAGUGGAUGAUCCUGUGUGUGAUGUUCAGAUUUCAAGAAUGCUGGAGCUCCCCUGUCUCUAUAGAGAAGUUUAUGAUAAACCUUUCCAAGGCCCCAAGGAGGGACAGAGUGGCCUGGAGGGUCAGAAUUUCUCAAUCGAUAUGCUGCAUGGGAAAGUGAAAGGCUUUCUAUUAGAAAACAAAAUUCAGACCUUUUACCAACAGGAGUUGGAAACAAUUGAUACUCUGGUGUCACUGAUUUCUCACCAUCUGCUUCAUUCCUUUCUUCCCAUCCAGGUGAAGUCAAAAAGUGACUCCAGUUCCAAAAGGAUUCACAGUGUUUUUAAGGAAGCAAUAAGGAUGCUACAAGAAAAAGGGGUGGUUUUCCAGAAACCUAGUAGCUCCAAGGAUUUAUACCAUGUGACUGACCAUGAUAAGGAGCUGCUUAAAGUGACCCUUGAUGUGAUUAAAGAAGACUGUCGAAAACCCAAGCAUGCUGAAAAAGGCUGCCAUUUCCUUCAUGUCCUGAGCUGUGUUCGGCAGAGCUACAACCCCUCUCUGGCUGAAGUGGUGAUGCACCGUGUCUUGGAACUGCUGGAGAGUAACAGUGAUGUUGUCAGCACUAUGGAAGGAUAUUAUAUGGCGUUUUAAAGAGAGAAGAUAAGAUACAUUCAUUCUGGUCCAUUCAGGAUAAAGGAGGGAAGAAGGAGAGGUUGAGUGACCCUGUAAAGCUGCUAUUAUCUGGUCUGAUCUACAUGGGGGAAAAAAAGAGCAUUCUGAUUCUCCAAAUGUUGUUUUGGUCCAGCUCUAGAGAAAUUGUUCAAAUAGUUGUUUUAAUGUUCUUGCUGACUUCCUCGCUAUUCCUAGUGAAAGUUGCAUCAAACUGAUUCUGGACAUCCUAAUACAGCAAGGGAGCUGAUAAAGAAGUUGGGCUCUUUCCCUGCAGUAAGAUGUGACAUGGCCGUUCUCACAUUUACAUCCAGUGAGCCCUAAAGAAAAGUCACUGCUGAAGAGCGCUGUUUACAGCAGUGGUCAUGUCAGGACUCGUUUUUCU